AUGGACGACCUCAUCGACGUGUAUCCAAGCCCAAGGCGCGAUAAACAGUGCGAUAUCUGCUCACGAAGCUUCGCCCGAUCGGAGCAUUUGGCGAGGCAUCGUAGGACGCAUACCAAAGAAAAGCCUUUUACUUGUCCUUAUUGCCACAAGUCUUUCCAGAGGUCCGAUGUCAAAGCUACCCAUGUAAGAAAGUGCCAUGGCAACUCUCCUGGCUAUGGUGAUCAAGAGGAAGAUAGACGUCGCAAGCGUGUCCGCAUUGCAUGCCACAGUUGUCGUAAACGGAAGAUGCGCUGCGAUGGGAAUGAGCCUUGCGCUCCCUGCAACUCGACCCAGACUGCCUGUCAUUACCCAGCUUCGCCGACAUCAACAAGGCAUGCCCAUACCCAGUUAGAAAAUGAGUUACAUUUGUCAACCAGCAACGAUGAUCCGCGUCUACUUAACACAGAGAGCGAGCCCUUUCUGGACACUGAAGCGGACUCGCUUCAGACAGCCCAUCAAGAGGCAUUCAACCUACCUUUCCAAGGAGGACAGCCAAUGCCUUUCGAUACCGGUACAAUGGUUGAUGCACGCGGACUGCCCCUGUCCAACGAUGAUAUCAUUUAUUCAAUCCCAGCUGCGACGGGAGGACUUGACUUUUGGCAAAUGCCCCCCACGUUCUGGUUUGACGGAUCAGACCUGUCCUGGAGUGAUGACAUUUUUGAUUCGACAUCACCAAUCUCAAAUCAUGUUUUUUCUUCGUCAAUGCAGCAUUUGACGGCUAUCAUGCAAGAAUACUUUGAUCGAAAAUCUCGGGCACCUUCGCCUUCGCUGAAUAAAGCUAGCAAGAUGUGGUACUCGGCUCCACCAAACAUGGACGACUACAACAAGGACAUUCUUAGGGUUUUCUUAAAUAUCUUCCGCCGAUACAUACCAGAGACCUUUCCACUGUUUAUAGAUUUUACAGUUGGUGGCCAAAAUCGCGCCGCAUAUACCCUCGCUAUAGCUGCCACGGGUGGACUUUUUUGCUCAGUACCUGGCAGCGCCGAAGUUGCCAAGGCAAUGUAUAAUGAUGCUCGGCGGUUAUUACUAGCUUCGUUCCAUAUCCGCAAUCCAGUAGAUGAGAUCUCAGCUAGUCCGCAAGAUAAACUGUUAACAGUGAAGACAUUUAUCCUUCUCAAAAUUUAUGGUCUUUGCAGUGGUGAUAAAAGAUCCUAUGAAUUUGUAGAGGCUUUCCAUGGCAAUUUCGUACAUGCAGUACAAGAGUACAGUCACUCAUGCGAAAGUUCUGGAUUGAACAACUUGAACGAUGAGAUAAAUACUCGGCUCCUAGAAACUCUGCAAAUUUUAGAUUGCUACCGCGUUAUCAUAAUGCAACGACCCCCAUCGCUCUCAUGGCAUCACGUUGAUUUAUUUGCAAGACCAGGAACUCACAUGUCCCAUUUCUACGAAAUCUCCAGAGAUCUGACAGAUGGUGGCCACAAAAUAGAGACUAGUUGUCCCCAAGAAUUCCACCUCCCCAGUCUUGCAGGAUUAUGCUCUUAUUUAUGGCCCGCGACCUAUUCGAGGCAAAACAGGGAUUUUGGAGAUGGACCGUCGACCAAAAGCACAUAUUUCUGGGAGCCCCAUUUCGCCGAGCUAGCCUGCGAUAAUUGGCUUCGUACAAUCGGCCAGACGAGCAGCUAUGCUUCCCUUGCAGUUUAUCAUAUGAUGAACAUUAUGCUCCACGCAAAUCUUACGAUGCUACAGCAUUUUGCGCAUUCUGCCCCAGGAUCGGCUGCACGAGACCCAAAGAAUAGUUUAGUGGCUAGGGAGAUAAAAACAUGGAAAGAGGGCAGACACUACGAGAUCGCGAACUGGCAUGCCGAGGGUAUCAUAUCAUCCGUUGAGAAAGCAAUCAGCACUUCCUCGGGCAAAGCUGAGCAACAACGAUCGAGAUCAACCAACACUGAACCACGACGUCUCCCAUACGAAGCGCCGCAUGUACCUUAUGCCAUUUAUUAUGCAACCCUUGUGAUAUGGUGCGGUGCUAUCACGGAUGAACCAGCGGAUAUGUCUUCGCCAAAUGCUCAAGUAUACAUCGCACGUGGAGAGCGGAUUUUGUCAUUGCAUAAAGUCCAUAUAGCUCAGCUUUUGGCGCGCGUGCUUUAUGAGAUUAAGUAG